AUGACAGCGAUGGCGAUGGAAAAGCCGGAAAGUGCGGUGGCUGCGGGCCAAGGCCCAGCGCCCAUGAAAUUUUCCCGCUACCGCUCUGUGAGAAAGGCUGCGUCGCAAAAGCCACACGCAAUGCACCCGCCACCGGUGUCGACUCUUCCAACUCUCCCUAGCGCAUCGUUGCCCGGACUGCAGGAGGGCGGAGCUGCAGUGAAUGGGACAAACCCUGCGAUCAAGAGGAGCAUGUCGCGCUACCGGCGUCAGAGGGCGGCGACGGAAUCUUCGUCUAACGCGCCUCCACUACCGGUCCCGGGGGACCGUGUCCUGGCCCACCGAGCUAAGCCACACGCGAACGCGAAUGGUGGUGCCGUCCAGCAACCCUCACGCGGCAGCCCAGAAGAUGCCAACCUAGUGGAUGCAUCGUACAAUGCGACGUCGGCAAGAGCUGAGAACCGACGGAGGGCGUUCAACGUUCAAGAAACUGCGGUGAACCCAUUCCUGACCGACAGCGAGGAAGACGAGGAAGUGCGUCAAAAACAUCGACAGGAUGCGAUGAAUCGCUUGACCGGAGAGGAUAGGAAGCCCUCAGCACCGGCUCCACAUCGGAGGCACACGACGCGGGAGAGAGACGUCAAAAGGCCAGAGGAGCGGCCUCCGCGCAGGAAUGUAGAAGGUCUCGCAAGCCGGCGUACUAGCCAGGACUCGAAACGUCUUUCGAACAAGGAAAUGCCCAUGCCUUCGCGCUCGACAGACAAAGCGAACAAGGAGGUCACGGCGAUCGAUACCAGUGUAGGAAAUAAUUUCCCCGGGAUUGACGCACCCGUCUCCGCAGUCAAUGCCGGUGAGCGAAGGGUUGUUGUCCAGUACAGGAAGACGUCCCUGAAUCUUCGGGUUACCCCGUCCACAACAGCCCAUGAUCUGUUGUCCCUAGCCGCAGAUUGUCUGGCGGGCGAGAUUGACCCACCCAAGUUUAUUAUGAUGGAGUCGUUUGGGGAACUCGGACUGGAGCGGCCCUUGCGUACAUACGAGUGCGUUCGGGACGUCAUGAACUCAUGGGCCCAUGAUCAGGAGAACUCGUUGAUCAUUGUACCCGCGGCCAGUCUCGACGCGCUCUCUUUAUUGGACUCGCGACACGCUCCGAGUGAACAACCCACGGAAGUGACGCUGCACAUGUAUUACUCCCAGCGUCCGCGCAAAUGGGACAAGCGCUACGUUACCUUGCGGGCGGACGGACAGAUCACUUUGUCUAAGAAAGAGCAAGGCCAGGAUUCAAUGAACGUGUGCCAUCUGUCUGACUUUGACAUCUAUUCGCCCACGUCCAGUUACCUCUCGAACAAUGUGAAACCGCCAAAGAAGAUCUGCCAGGCGAUCAAAAGCCAGCAGAAAUCUAGCAUGUUCCUGACGACGGAGAAUUUUGCUCAUUUCUUUUCCACCAAUGAUAAAGCAGUUGCCGAUACAUGGUACCGAGCGGUGCAAUCCUGGCGCAGUUGGUAUCUGGUGACAAAACUCGGCGCAGGCCUCCCGGCGGACCAGGUCGAUUCCCCCGUAGACGCAAGCGAUGCCUUACCUGGUCACAAGAAGCCCUUCAAACCUUUGCUCAACUUGGAUUCCCCUCUCAACUCUGGUGCGGAGAAUAGCGACUCGCCGAUCGAUCGUGCAAAGGCGUCCAAGACUAAGGAACUGUUCUCCCGGAAGAAGAGCACACGAGAGCACGCGCCGCCUCCCUCAUCGUUUCCAAAGAUGUUCUCCGAUGAAAGUGACUUGUCCGCUGCGCAGUCAUCGGAUGAGUCCCCUUUCGCCUCCGGUGGUCUGCUGGGUCGAACCUAUAGUCAACGCCACCGUGCGAUGAAGGAGAGGGAAGAAAAGGAGAAAAAGGCCGCGGAAGAACCAUUCACCAAUGGCCUCAUCGGUGCUCCGCUCGAAUACAAUGACGUCGCGCAGGCGCCGGACCCCAGUGCCAUUGUCAAACGGUCGCAGUCCGUGAAGACCAAGCCGCUUGUCGAUCUGACUCCUGUCUACCAAGAGCCUCCGCAGCACACUCGUAAAGGUCGAGGAGUUACGGUUGAAGCUGGAAAGCCACUUGUGGCAGCUGCGACGGGACCGGAGGUCCCUGGUGGGAUUGUCAUUCCACCCGCGACGACCUGGAGACGACCGGAGCUGCCGUCGCCCACCACAGACGCUCGGACUCGAAACCGCUCCAAUACCAACCGCAGCGCCAGUAGCCAGCAGCGCCAUCAGUACUCACGCACUGCGCCUACGUCUCCGGCAACUCCUGUGGACCCUUCGCAACCUCGCGAGGAACCGUUCAUACCAAACAGCCUUUUAGCUCGUUCUGCGCAGGUCGCGGCUGUGCCUGGGCAGCCAAAAGGCCAUGGAGUAGCCACUGGCGACCGGAACGCUUCGAAGCCGAUGCUGGACAUGUCUCCCGAGAACCCUUUUGCCGAGGGUAGCCUGCUCCGUGAUUUGUAG